CCAGUCCAAAGUGUUGACAGGAAUUGGUCUUCUUGGCUGUUGAACAUCUCCUGACGAAAUUGGUGUCAUUCUUUUUAUUAAUCUUUCAUAUAGGAUGUUUCUUUCAACAACAAUUCUGCAAAACUCUGCAUAUCUUUUUACAUUUACGCUCACCUUGCGGUUGUGCGGUGAUAACAGUGGGAUUUGAGAAAAUAGGGGGCGAUGAAUUUGGUCCGUUCUGUUGCAUCUCCAUGCUUUCAAAAUUUCUAUGAUUUCUUUCUAAAUCCAUCGGGAAGAAAGAGUGGGGAUACCGGAAAUCGAUCGAUCAGCAUCAAAUUUCUUUACUCUUUCCUAAUGGCACAUUGUGUUAAUUUAUUAUUAUUUUUUUUGUUAGAGAUUAUCUGUUACAUAAAUUUUUAUAUCACUCAAACUAUUAACAGUACACUUUACUAACGGUUGUAGGUGUAAACAUCGUCACGAAGAGGAGGAUGGAUAAAUAGAAAGAAGAAAAAGAACAUCGUACACCUACCUGUACGAUGAUCAGCCGAUGUCGAAAAUGUGACACGAUUAAGAGAACUAACGUGCAUUUCUUUCUACUUCUUGACGAGUGAUCAUUAAUCCUUCAUCCUUCAUCCUUCACACGGUAACAUCGGAUUCUCUUACGAUCACGGAGCUAGUGGAGUGGGCUACUGACAAUGAGUUCUAUAUCAAGAAUGGAGUACCAAGAAUGUUUAAUAUCCGCAAGUCGAAGGAAGAAUUCUCAAAUAAAUUAUUAUCCUGUGACCCCAAAAUAACGGAAUUUAUCGAUCUAUUUUUCUCGUAAAAAGCUGACUCUUCCAAGUUCAAAGUCUCUUUGUUCAAUCUGUGCUUAUGACACUGUGAUUGAUAUUGUAGAAAAAAAAACUGUGAUUGCUCCUCUAAACGUAAAGAUUAUCUUUAAACAAACACCCUUCCAAAUUGGUAUCACUGGAUCAACAUAAAUCGUAGAAAAUAUUCAACGCUCUACUGUCCUACAUCCUGAAGAUCGAACGUUAUCCUCUCUUCAACGUGAACGGAAAAUGCUCAAACUGAUUAUCCGCAAUUUAAUCAGUGGUGGAUCGGUUGCUUUUCGGCUUUUCGGCUUUUCAUGUCCUAUGAAACGCGUGCGUCUAUUAUUUUUCUUCCAUCUUUAUGUAAGUAAAGUAAGUAGGUGGGUGUGAGGGUUGUCGCUGUCGGCCUGUAUUUUCUCAGGCAACACCCCACGCCUUUACUUGUUGCUGCCGCUUUUGCCAUUCUACAGCUAGAUCCAUGCGCGUUUCUAUCGAUCACUGGCCGCCCCUAUAUAAAAAGGCCUCGUCACCGGUAACCAUGGUACACACACAGUCCAACAAAAUUUCAUGAAGCUGCAAAGAACCAAGCAAACGACGGAGAAGCUGUGAUAAAAGCAACGCGUGAAAGAUACACCACCAAGAUUAGUGAUACUCGAAUGAAUCAUUAAAAGCAAAACAAUGCUACCACAAGAAUGGCUGUUAGCGUUUCUAAUUGCGGGGACAGCAACCGCGCUGGCUCCCACCUCUCAUCAGACGAUGGAGGAGUCGUUGAAGACCGCGCUGGAUGCUAUCACUAGAAAGCAAAGGUCUUUGGACAGCCAAGAAUAUUACAACGAUCUUCGAUCUUUCAAGUAUCACGAUGCUGAAGAUGAGAGAAAAUUCAACAGAGAACGUCCAGAGGAUAAUAACAGGGUGCUCGAGGAAGAGGAUGAAGAAAUCGAAUUCUUGCCCAGUGACGGUGGACAACUUGAAACGGUGGGAAAUGGCUUUCAAGAUUUAAACAAUAAGCUGUUGGAAAGAGCAUUGAUCGAUUAUCUUGAGAACAUCCCUCAACAAGAAGAACCAAUUACGUCUUCGUUUCGAGAACGCGAGCGAACCUCGAACCGCAAAAGAGGUUCCGACCGAUUAAACGUAGACAAUAAAGAGCUAAUGAAAUUAUUCCUAGAAGAGUUGCAAGAUGGUACAUCGUAUAAUCUCGACACAGGGGAUGAAGGAUACAUGGACGUUCAUCAAAUGCAGUACGAUAGAUACAGAGGCGAUCGCGAUCGCGGCAAUAAACUUUACGAAAACUCUGCUCCAAUGUCUUGGGGUGAACUGAUGAACAAAGAAUCUUUAUUCCGAGGACAAGAGAGAGAAACCGAUGAAAACGAGUUUGAUCGAGAUCCAAACUUGUUGUACUCCCCUUUAGCCGAACGUAGGAACGUGAAUGGCAGAUAUCCGAUAGGACGUGAUUUAGAAACGUAUCGAGGCAUGGCGAAACGUUAUCCUGUAACCAAAAGGAGUCCAAAACCCAUGCCAGUCAAGAAACAAGUUACAGAUCCUAAGGUGGCGCAGGAUUUGGGUGCACUGUUUGGUACUCAGUCUACUACAGACAAUCAAAAUCACACUCAGAAUUACGAUCACGAUCACGAUCACAAUCACGAUCACGAUCACGAUCACGAUCACGAUGAUCAGCACAAACACGAGAGUUCCUCAGAGUCUCCAAAAGUCACUCCACCGCCGAAAGGUCAAAAAGAGAACGUCACGAAACCUAACAAAUCUAAAUCGAUCGAAGUAAGAAAAAAGAGCGUCGAUUGGUCUCAAUAUUUUGGCAUCGAUCGAAGAAGAAAGAAGGCGAACUUCAUGGGUGGUCCAGAAACGCAGAAUCAAGAUGACGAAUGGAUGUUACAGCGCUAUUACGAGAAUAUGGUUGAGAAUCUGAAAGCGAACGAUCACCGGGAUUAUCAGAAAGAAACUAACGACAGAAAAGAUAAACUAGAACAAAUGAACUCUAAGCAGCAGCAGCAGCAGCAGCAGCAGCAGCAGCAGCAGCAGCAACAGCAGCAGCAGAACAUCAAGGACUUGAUUGUCGAGGAUGCUUUAAGAUAUGCAGACUCGGAAGAUGCCACAAACUUACAGAAGGUGAAAGACAAGGUAAUGGCUCGUAUAGCUGCUGCCUACUCUCUAGAGAAGGUGAGAAAAGCUCUGAACGAACUGAGGAACAACGUGGCUGUUCGAAUAGAAGCGCAAAAGAUUGCUCGUUCCCAGAACAAUCAAACGUCUAGUUUUCGGGAGAAUAAUAAUGCUGGCAAGGCUAGUGAAAAACGUACAAGCAACAAUAUAGCCGAGAACGAUGAAGCUUUUGAGGAGAAUAGAGUCUGCCCAGCGUUGGAAAUAAUUGAAAAACGAUGUAGAACCGCGGAUAGUUUGGCCGGAGAUGAGGCACAGAUGCUUUAUCUGCCCUGUGUGAUGUUGCAAAUCUGCAAGGCCUGUGUUCAAGAUGAUCUAGAAGAAGAAUGUUUAAGCUACUACGAUAUGGAGACGGUAAGGAUCUGUAAUGCUCAGGAAGCGCAAGAAGGACAAAAGGGAAUAGUAGCUUGUGUAAGGAGAGCUUUAAUAUUGUCACGAUUGCAACCACCGCCAGCAGUCUCUAUACACUGUCGCAUAAACGGCAACGAGUCCUGUUUACGACGUUAUCAUUAUCGUUACUUGCAUCGUUAUCUUCGCUAUCCUUACGGUGGUCAACGACCAAACAAUGGCUACGAAACAAUCGGCUCUCAGCAAAUGGAUCGAUAAGAAAGGAGGAAGGAAUAUCGGUACACCGAUAUCGGUGAGACGACGUCCACGUCACGUUGAGAAAACACGUGCGGCUCUCCACCAAAUACAUAUAUGUCACCUCGAAUCGAGCUUUAUUUUCCAUAACUUUUAGUAUUCUCCUUCAUAACGAUACAAUAUGUAUAGUUUGUGUGCAAUCAAACCAACAGUUUACAUACAUACAUUUAGAUCGGUCUAAAUGCUUUCGGCUUUUCAAUUAAAUUAACUUGACCUUCAUUUUCUUUAAGAUAGAAAAAUUAUAGAAUGUCAGAAGAGAUUGAAUAAACAUUGAAGUCGAUUCGAGAGAAAUAUCGAGAAAACUAGUUGGAAUUCAAAUUUUCUCCGUGUAAUUCUCCGUGUAGAGAUAUACAGUAUAAUAGAAUUUUAAGAAAAAUACCGAAUGGAUUCUUCUAUUUGCGAGGUGUUUUCUUUUUCUUCUUUAUUUUCUUUAGUCGAAAUAAAUACGACAAUGAAAGAUGAAAGACAAUAAUUACUGACUAAACUUUUGUUAAUCAAAUUUUAAGAAGGAACGAGUAUUGAAUUUCUUUUCUUAAAGAAUAUAUGUACAAUCGAAUAAAGAUCAUUGUCGAUAAAACAAAUCAUUUAUGAAACUCGGGUAGAUACCUCGCAAACAAAAUCAAUUGUAUAAUAAAAUACAUUAUAAAAAGAGAUGUUAAACACCGAAUUGAGAAAGAUAUAAAUUUUCGUCAUACCUCCGUUUAGAUCUAUUCGACAGCUUCCAUUACUUUCUGGUGCUACUAUUUAUGUAAUGAUAAAUUAAGAAUUUACUUAUUUCUUCCAUCUUGUCCAAGUUUGUCAGCAUCGAAGGAUAUUUCAUGAAAUUUAUAAAAGGGACAAUUUAUUCUAUUACAAUAUAAAUUUCUAUGCGAUUGGAUAAUAGAAAAAUCUACCUAUCGUCUAUAUCCUUUUAUGUUAUCGAAACACUCGCUACAUUCUAUGUGUCAGUCCUAUAUUCAAAUAUAAUAAAUAUAUUUCAACAUAUAAUUACAUUUUAA